AUGUCAAGCAAAUCGGUGAUUCAGCUUAAGCAAUUAAGUGACACAUGGUGGACAUGCCAACAUGCAGCCUGCAAUGCUGUUCUGAAAACACUUGACCCUCUGUUGGAAACCCUCAAGAUUUUAGCAGAAGGAAACCAUACUGAGAGAGCAGUUGAGGCGAAAUCAAUUCACCAGUUCAUUGAUUUUGGCUUCAUUCUGGCACUGGUGUUUUUUGAGAACAUACUAAAAAGGACCCAGACGCUCUCUAACAUGUUACAAGCCAGAGAUCUUGACAUGGCAUCAGCUGUCCUUCUUGUACGAACAAUUAUACAAGAACUUGAAGAAGUGCGCAAUCCAGAGAGUGAACCUGAAGCUUCUUCUAAUUCUGGAACAAUAGGACAUGUGUGGGCAGAAACAAUCCAGCUAAGCAUGAAGUGUGGAAUACCAGCACCAACUGACGAGUAUACCGAACCACCUUCCAAAAAGCGAGAUCGCUGGCCUCCUUUCUACUUGAGAAAUAGCAUCAUUUUGGAAACUGUAGGUCAUCGACAACAACUGCUCAGAAAAGAGGAUUUCAUUAAAAAGUUCAUGUAUGUUGUUCUUGACAGAAUAAUUUCGGAACUAAAAUCUCGCUUCUCAAGGGAUUCUCUGGAAAUCAUGGAAGGUGUACAAUCUCUGAAUCCUUGA